AUGAAUGCAAAGAGACUUGGAAUUGGUGGGCUAGUAGCAAGUACUAUUACAGAGCACAAGAAUAAAAUUCUUACUCUGGACCUGUACUCCGGAGGAGCAACAGCAGCAGAGGGAUUGUAUCCCUUGACUGAGGAAGUUGCAAUGCAGCUGGGCUGA